UUUCAUCUCCGAAGUUAGGGCUCGAAUCGGCUCGAAGAGCUUGCCCCGACGUCGAUGGCGGAAUCUAUUUGCAGAGCUCUCCGAGACGGCGCGUUGGAAGGUGAACACGCGCCGGCUCUCACUAUAAAGGACUCGAUCGACUCGCCGCUCGGUUUCGAUGUCUUCGCUCACGUCCUCGCCCAACUCUCCUCCCACAUUUUGGCGGGAAAGUCUCAGUCAAGAGGGCUCGUGCUGGUGGCUUUCACCCGAAGCCCGUCGUUUUAUGUGAAUUUGCUGAAGGAAAGAGGUCUCGAAGUUAACUCGUCUCGGAAAUGGUUUCAUAUAUUGGAUUGUUAUACGGAUCCCCAUGGUUGGAAGGAUCGCAUUGUGGGACGAGGAAAAGUUAAUGAUGUUACUAAGGAAGCUUCCGGUGUGUCCACACUUUGCAAGGAUGUGAAGGACACGGAUAAGCUGUGUUCUUUAGCUAUUGAGCUGGGGAAAGGCUUCAUUGGAGAAGGGAAAGGUCGUUUCUCUUUUGCACUGGACUCGGUGAAUGAGAUGUUAAGGUAUGCAUCUGUACGCUCAGUUGCACGUGUUCUCAGCGACCUUCGGAGCCAUGAUCUGGCUUCCUGUGUCUUCUGGUUGUUGCACUCAGACCUUCUUGAAGACAAGGUUGCUGCUGUUUUUGAAUACAUGUCCUCUAUGGUGGCCAGCUUAGAAUCUGCAGUUCCAUCUCCCAAUGGACUCAGGAUCUCCUUGGCAAAUUUAUCCCUGACAGAACAGAAUUUUAGAAGGGCAAGGUUUUCUGUCCGAUUUAAGCGCCGGAAUGGUCGUGUGCGGUUGAUGACUGAAGAAAUUAGUAUUGAAAGGUCUGGCAUCACUUUUUCAUCUGUUUCAACUGAUGGUGGAACAAUGGGUGGAAGCAUUUUGCCCAAGGUGCAAUUUAAUCUGCAACUGUCAGAGAAGGAGCUGAUGGAUAGAGCAAAGGUCGUACUUCCAUUCGAACACCAAGGAGAUGGGAAACCAAUUGAGAUAUAUGAUGGCCGGAGAUCUCCUGCGGACAAAAAUAAUGAGGCGGCUGCAACAAUGCAAAUGACAGAUUCUAGCAAGGGUGAAAUAAUUUAUCUUCGGGAUUCAGAUGAUGAGAGGCCAGAUUCCGAUGAGGACCCUGAUGAUGACUUAGACAUAUGAUUAUUUCACGUGCAAUAGCACUAUUGAUACUUUAGGAGCGACAACCUGCCCCUUGGUGAUUUUUUCAGUAUGGAGUUGUGACAGGAUUACCGUUAAUUGUUGUCUCCAAUGCUCUUGCUGCUAUGAUAUGACCGAUGUGGCCAGCAAUUACAUCUGGGAAAUCACUUGGUGAUUUUUGACUUCUCUGGAUAUGACGUUCUUUUGGCGGUAUGGGUUUUCACUGGCUCCAGAAUACAUCUGGGAAAUCACUUGAAGUGGUAAUUGAGUGUGAGUUCUUGAGAGGAUGUCGCCAGAGCUUGUGUUUGUAUAGGGAAUGUUGGGGCUUGGACUUCAUUAGAUGACCAUCAAAGGUCCUGAUUCAGGGACUAUAGGGUGUCGGCUAUUAAAUUCUUGGAUCUGUACAGCUUUACUAGCCAGCAGAU